CUGACACGUCAUCGCGGCGCGACACAGCGACAGCCCUACAGCCGCACUUCCGGUCCCUGGGACGUCAUCGCGGCGCGACGCAGAGAAGGCCUGGCCGCCGUCAUGGUGCAGCUCGGUGGCCGCCUCCUGAAGGGCUACCGCGGCGGGCACGUCGUGAUCCGCUUCGCCCUCGGCGGCUGCACCAACCGGCCCUUCUUCCGCAUCGUGGCGGCGCACAGCCGGCGCGCCCGCGACGGGAAGUACCUGGAGCAGCUGGGCUGCCUCGACCCGCUGCCUAACGCCUACGGCGAGAAGGUGGCGGGGCUCAACCUGGAGCGGCUGCGGCACUGGCUGGGCUGCGGCGCGCAGCUCUCCCGGCCCGCUGAGAAGCUCCUGGGUCUGGCGGGGUUUCUGCCGCUUCAUCCUAUGACGGUGACCGGCGCUGAGAGGCUGCGGCGGCGGCGGCGAGCGCAGGAGGCCACCGCGCCCCCAGCAGACGGCUCGCCAGGACCCAGCGAGGCGGCCUGAGAGAGACCGCGGCCGCCGGGCGAGCAGAGCAGCCCCAGCCCCAAGCUGCGUCUGACCUCGUUCAGUGCCAGCUGCACGCUCUACGCUGCGUGCGUGCUGCUCACUCCAGACUCUGCUCUGACAAGUUUACUGUUGCUGUCGAAUGUGGUGCAGCAGAUAUUAAAAGGGGUUUUCUUACUGUGA